UUUUUUUCAAGUGAAUAAGUUACUUUCAGGGAAGAAAGAAGGACUAGAAUCAGGGGUUUGACUUCAGAGAAUAGAGGUCCAACUGGGCAUCUUGUGGAGAAACCACCAGAAGAGAAACUGUCAGAACUUGUUGGACAGCAUCAGUAAUCAGGGAAACAGACACUAUUCCACAUUUGGAGAGAACGUAAAGCUUAUGGAAACAGAGAAGUCCUACUCAAUUCUGUCCUUCAACUGGAAAGAAGAAAACUUGUUGAAAAAGAAACUCAAUUUUCUGGAGUCCAUGAAGAAAUAUGAAGCUAAUGCCUGGCUAAUGGAGCAGAAAGCCUUUUAUAAACAAUGCCACUUGAAGCUCCGAAGGUCAGAGCUGGCACAUGCCCGGUUGCUAGGCAACAAGGACCUGGUCAAACACCUCACUUCCAAGAGCUUGUUGUCCAACUACACCUCCACCAUGGUGGAUGAGAGUGAGGCAGCAGUGAAGGCAAUAGUCCAGAAUAGGAGAGGGUGGGAGAAGGACACGAUGAUUUUCAGACUCAGCCUGGAUAAGAAUAGGCUCUACCCAUCCCUCAGUAGUAGUCUGCUGAAGAAGGUGGAGGCCCGACCAGCUUCCAGGGCAACUUUAAGGGCAAACUCUAAGACAGAGAAUGAAAAGACCACUGUAAAAAUCAAGAGGUCUCCUUCCAGAGAGGAGGGCAAGCCAGCUUUGGUUUUAUCUUUGGAGUCUCUGAAGAGCCCACAGCAGGAAGAAAAACAGAAAAAGCUUCCUGUAGAUAGCAAGUCACUGCUGGACAGAGAAGGAAUUACAGGGGACUUUUCCAGCAGGCCAACAAGCAUUGUGCAGAGCCAUCUCCAAGAUUCAGGCACUGACAGGAAAUCGAAAGGCAAACUUCUUAAAUAUAUAGUGUAUGGAGACAGAAGUGUGGAACACCCCAAAAAGAAAAUGCCAAGACCCAGGAAAAACCCCCAUGGCUCAGAAAGCGUGCAAAUGGACCCAGCACUGCUGACCCAGAUUCAAGCCUUCCUGAGGCAAAAGUUUCUCAUAAAUGAAAGAACUACAUAUCUGGAGGACAGAAUCCAAGGUCUUCCACAGCCCACACAUUUUCUCUUUCAAGAUUACUCUCCCAACAGUCCCUUGGAGAAAGGAAGUGAGGGAGUACUGCAUGCUCCAGUAAUCAGAACACAUGCGGUAGGAAGAGAGCAGAAAAUCAUUCUUGAAGAGAUCAGAAAACAAAUCUGAAGCAAUUCCAUCACCAAGAACACUUUUUUUUCCCUAAGGUACUCUUCCCCUCUCUACCCAUUUAUCAUUCAGCAACAAUUUCUUAAUAUUUAACAAAGAAAACAUUACCCCUGACCUCAAACUGCUGCUGAACUCAGGGAGAAAAGGCUUUUUUUCAAAUUCUUCU